AUGAGAGAGAGAGAGCGAGAGUAUGGGGAAAACACAGUGAGGGGUAGGUCUAAGGAUCAUGAUAAAGAUUUCAGGGUUUGGAAUAGAGAAGAGUAUCGACAGUUGGAAUCUGAAUCUUUCUCCAUCUCCAUCUUUGUGGAUAAUCUCCCGGAAGAUAUAUCAAAAAGAGAGUUAUUUCAGUUGUUCAACUGGACUGGGCGCAUCAAUGAUAUUUACCUGUCCCGAAAGUGGAAAAAUGGAGACAUUUAUAUGUUUGCCUUCAUCCGGUACACGACGAAAGGAGGGGCGUUGAAAGCUAUAGCGAAAAUGAAUCGCCUGAGGCUGAGAAGUAAGAUUAUCUUUGUAGGCGAGGCGAAGUACAGAAGAAUGUCGGGACCAAUGAAUGGUGACAAGGGAUGA